CCAUGUGACUCGUCACUGCCUUUAAAUUGCUUUUAAUUAUUGCUAUUCUAGUUUCCUGCUUUGAUUCUUUGUUUCUUGUUUUAUUUCCCGAUUGAACAGCCUUUUUUUUCUUUUCGAUAUAAAAUUUUGGUUCUGCUUUAAUGCCUGAUUCUUAUAAGAUAAUAAUAUAUUUUAAUUGCCAUAAAUUUACUGGUAACUAUUCUUCUUCUCCUCCUCCUCACUGAACAAACUCAAACCACAAAGAUGGAAAAAAUCAAUGUGGCUUUGGUCUGUCUCUUGAUUAUGGGAAUUGACAUUGGUGCAGGACUACUUGGGAUUCUUGCUCAAAUUGAAGAAAAAAAGGUUCAUUCAACGGGGUGGAUUCCAGAAUGUAGGCAUCUGGAUCAUAGAGCUCUGAUGCUAGGUUUUGGUGCAGCUGCACUUUUAGCCUUUUCUCACGUAAUUUCUCACUUGUCUGAUGGCUACAUUUGCACCUGCUCCAAGAAAGGCCACAAAAAUGAAACUUCAUCAAAUAAGCAAUUAACCAUGGUUUUCCUCUUUCUUUCCUGGAUAUCAUUCGGGUUUGGAUUUUCGCUGCUGCUGGUGGGGACACUGGCCAACUUGAAACUGAGACGACAGUGCAUUUUCGCAGAUCACCAUUUUCUAUCAGAAGGAGUAUCCUUCUGCUUCCUUCAUGGAUUUUUAGCGGCUAUAUAUUACAAAUUGGCCGCCGACGCCACAAUCCAAGAACAAGGAAUAAGCCCCACAACCUCCGUUUGAUUAAUUUCCACCUCUAUUAUAUUUGCUCAAUGCAUUUACUGCUGCAACGAAAUUUCAACGAUAACACCAACAUGUGUUUAUAAGUAACCUCCUUCAUAUGUGAGGACUGGGUUUAAACUAUCCAAAAAAUAAUCAUAAUCAGGGACAUCCCUGCUAUAUUUAUUAGUGAAUG